GAAAGAGAUGGGAGAAAAAGAGAAAGAGAGAGAGAAAGCCAUUUUUGUAAUUCGCGCUAUUUUUCUAGCCGUUAUGACAGUUGCACGCCGCACAGUUCAUAAUGCAGAGUACGAUCGCUCCGCAAUUAUUUUUAUUUAAGUAUUUUGUCCGUUAAAAGUACAUAAUAAGUGUUAAUUUCGUCAGACAUGUCGAUUAAAGCAAUAGACGAUUAUCAGACACAUGUUAUUUUGACCGAGAAUGUUCGCAAUUAACGACAUUUCAUUGAUCGUAACUCAUAUUGAUUGUGGGUUAAAAUCGGCACCGUUCUGGUAAUUAUUUCAUGAGGGUGUUCUCCGAAGAUAGUCAUUACACGCGUGACGUCAUCAUGAUACUGCAAAAUUUGCAUGAAUCUUAGAAAGAAUGCACAAAAUGGCUACUGGCGGCUCGUCUUUUCUGUUGAGUAUAUUUUUUGGGGAAAAAAUAGCGUCGCGAGUGUAUUGUGUGGAGUGAAGUGCAAUCGACGUGGAACGUCGUGGGACGACGUGGGACGAUGCAGAAAGGCUUCUGAACCUCUUGGAAAUAUAAUUGCUGAUAGAAUUGCAGCGGAAGAUGCAUCGGUGGACGUCGGAGGAACGUCGCGAGAUGAUCACAACUUGUAAAGAACUGCGUUGCUGCUCAUCGUGCCGUCGGCUCUGUAAGCGUGGAGUGCUAAGCCGAGGAAUGGAGGGAACGUGGCAGUGGGAGCAGCGAAAGCACUGCCAUAUCAUUCUGCUCAACUCUUUGUCGUAUCUAAAGGAGAACCCGGAACAGGCUGCAGGCACGAAAGUUUCAGAUGAACGAAAACGACUGCAUGAUUGCUACGGCAAGGAAGCAGACAACCUGAAAACAAGGAGUCGCGCGCCAGGUCUGUAGCGCAUAGUUAGGACGCGAGGGGCUCCCCGUGAAGCAUCACCGAGGUGAAGAAGACGGUGUCGUCAUGGACCCGGCAACCCAAAUCGUACCUCACUGAGCGAUGCAAGUAAUUAGGGCCGGGGCCCUGCUAGUGAGCAUGUGGCUCACUAGAGAAUGAAGAAGCAAAACGUCCGGACUUUAUCAUUGAUCGUCUUCACGCUUACCUAUCUCCUCGUCGGUGCCGCAAUCUUCGACGUACUCGAGUCCGAGACGGAGAAAUUACGCAAAGAAGCAUUAGAUGCCAUUGAAAAAAUGGUCAUACGAAAAUAUAAUAUAAGCGAGGACGACUUCAAGAUCAUGGAAACAGUGGUGCUGAAGACGGAACCUCACAAAGCUGGCCAGCAGUGGAAGUUCGCUGGCGCGUUUUAUUAUGCUACAACGGUCCUCACCACGAUAGGUUACGGACACUCGACGCCGAAUACUGUAUACGGCAAACUGUUCACGAUGUGCUAUGCGAUUAUUGGUAUCCCAUUAGGACUCGUAAUGUUCCAAAGCAUAGGAGAACGGUUGAAUAAGUUCUCAUCUGUCGUGAUACGGAGCGUAAAGCAGCUUCUAAACUGUAAGGACGUCCAGGCCUCGGAGAUAAAUCUCAUCUGCGUGGUUACGACUUUGUCUUGCUUGACUAUUGCUGGCGGCGCCGCCGCAUUCUCCAGGUACGAAGGGUGGACCUACUUCGAUUCCAUUUACUAUUGCUUUAUUACUCUGACGACAAUCGGCUUCGGCGACAUGGUCGCGUUGCAAAAGGACAACGCGCUCAACAAGAAGCCCGAAUAUGUGAUGUUCGCUUUAAUAUUUAUUCUCUUCGGCUUGGCGAUCGUGGCAGCCUCGCUUAAUUUGCUGGUUUUGCGAUUUGUCACGAUGAAUACCGAAGACGAAAGACGAGACGAAGCCGAAGCAUUGCAGGCGGCCCAGGGCGCGGUGCGUCUCGAGGGCGAUGUAAUAACGGCGAACGGCUCGAUACUGUCCGGCCAGAUCGGCAAUCACGGCAACGUGAUAACGCUGGACGACGAGGCGUCGGUGUGCAGUUGCCGCUGCAGCGGCUUCCAGAGGAGACGGCGGAGACCGCGCUUCACAGUACGCCGUUCGCCCGGCAAAAUCUCGCAUUUGCUGCCGAUGCAACAGCUGUCGGCGCUGAGUGUGCGGGGCGGCGAGUUGCACCCGCUGCCGCCGCUCACACCGCUUCUGCAAUUCCCGCGGCUGUAUCAGCAUCGCGCGAGCAUCUGACGUUGCUCGCCUGCACGAAGCGUGCAGAUCUUGGAACAGGAACAGCAUCACUAUUACGAGCAGCCGCGACGGUUGUCCGUCUGAGGAGAGAAUUUCUCUCCGCCAGCCGUCGCCGCCGCCGACUUCAACGAAUUUUAAUUGUCGUCGAGACGUUAUCAUCACCGCCACAAGUUCUCUUUCUCUCUCUCUCUCUUCUCUCUCUUCUCUCUUCUCUC